UGACAUGACGCAGCCUACGCUUCUUCCCUAAAGUGCACAGCAACAGCAGAAAAUUCAACAUGGCACCUAAACUUCAACUCCCCAGCGCAGCACUAAGUCUUUGGCUCUUCCUCGUGUGCUUUAUCCCCGCUGUGGAGGCUUACGACGCGGGAGACGCCAUCGCUAUCCUGCUCGGGUCUGUGCUGACCGGGGUGGGCUUCUGCGCCUGUCUGGGCUGGUAUGCGCGGAAGAGGAACGAGCAGCUGUGAUGAAGAUUUCAGGAUUGCAGCCAUCUGUUACCUGCACAUCUCACCGAGAGCUCUUUAUAAGACACGGGCUCAAAUGUGUGUCAAGCAGAAGCUGAUAUCAACUGUGCCUUAGGACGCAGCGGGCGUAAAAACGAUCACGUGGACACACUUUCAGGAUAUCCAGGAAGUGCGAAAUUGAGAACUGACGGAGCACUGCUGAGAUUGACCAAAUCCAGUCUAAUUCUGCUUACUGACUGCUCUAUGUAUUCUAUGCAUUUUUGU